UUUACUUUCCCAUUUCCCUGUCCAGACCCCGUAGAAUUCGAGGGCAGCAGUCCUCGUUUCACACGCACCGGAUAAUUACAAGGAAGAGGCAGGCGAGCUUUAUCGAGUUAGGAGCAGUGACGUUAGAUUCUCGACUAGGGUGAAGUUUUUCCUUUCCUCCGUUUUUGAAAUACCUUAUCGACUUCGCUUUCCCUUUUCCUUUCCUUUCCUUUUCUUUUCUUUAUAUCUCCACCCCGUCCGUUCCCUUCUUUUUUUUAACUCGCGAGUGUUCGUUUGAUAAAGGGGAAAAAAAUGGAGGGCGAGAGCGACGUCCUUGUUUGAAUUCGCGAGCAGGGAAUUUGGACCCACGAGUAGGAGAAAAGGAAAGGGGAAGGAAGAAAGAAAAAAAAAAAAAAAAAAGGAGAGAGAAGAGAAGAGAGGAUUCGCCCGCUGUCGCUGUUGGGUUCUCAGGAGACUAUUGCUUCAGUCGCAAGUGACGGUGGCUGCUGCUGCUGCUGCAAGUACCAAAAUCUCAAGGCCUUCCAAUAGCGGUCCCUCUUCGCCGCCCGACUGAUCUUGGGAUCUGGUAUCGAGUGUAGCGCCGUUUGAUCGUUGGGGCUGGCUGUCUCGUUGCUUCGCUUGCAAGCGCCGCUAUCCUCGGCGCCGGGGGGGUUUUCUGCCUCGUGGGUCUUUGUGUUUUGGGGCGCGCGAGUUCGAGGCGAGCUUCUUCCACAGGGUUUAUUAUUUUAACUGUGUUCCCAAGAGAGGUUUUAAGCUGCUUCUGGUGCUGCUAAUUUGCGUUCACUGCCGCCGCUGCUUCUGUGGUGUCCUGAGGCGCUUGCUGAGAGCACCCAAAAAGGAGGAAGAGCGAGCCCCGUGUGUUGUUUCUUGGUGGAGUGACAUCUGAGCUCUACGCAUGCACGGUUGAGCUCAGUUGCCGUCCGCUUCUUUCCUUGGUUUCGGGGUCUGAGGAUUCGUUUUCGGAGGAGCAUUGGCGGAAGCAGGUAAUGCUCUCCCUGCCUGCUUCGUUUCGUCCGUGAGGUGCUGUUUGGCAUGUGGGCGUGCAGGUUUCUCCAUACGAGUUGAUGGGACCGUUGGCCUUGAUUUGAGCUGAAGAUCAAGUUGAAUAAUAACAAUGCUGAAGCUUUUUCCAGGGAUUUCCCUGAAAUGGGUCUUCCUGGCCUUCUCUUUGUGUUCAUUUCUAUGUCUGAAAACCACAGCACAAUCUUGUGAUCCAAGUGAUCGCUUGGCAUUGAAGGAAUUCGCCAGUAACCUCACCGGCGCGUCAAUUAUUGCUGCUUGGUCCGAUGAUCUUCUUUGCUGUAGGUGGGAUGGUGUUUUCUGCGAGAAAUUAAGUAACUCAUCAACUUCCUUUAGAGUUACUAAGUUGAAUCUGUCGGACCGAGGCCUCCAAGGCUUCGUGUCUCCCUCCUUGGGCAGUCUGAGUGAGCUGAAAUUGCUCGAUCUCUCGUACAAUCAUCUCGAAGGUGAUUUGCCUUCUGAAUUUUCGCUCUUGAAGAAGUUGAAGUAUUUCGAUUUGAGCCAUAAUAUGUUGUCGGGACCAGCUUGGGGAGCAUUAUCUGGUCUUACAUCCAUCCAAUCUUUGAAUAUUUCUAGCAAUCAGUUCACUGGGGGUUUGCUCGAGCUUGGGGAUUAUCCUAAUCUUCUUGUGUUCAAUAUCAGCAACAAUUCUUUCUCUGGAAGCUUCAAUUUUAAUGUCUGCAGUUCAUCUAACAGUAUUCGUGUCCUCGAUUUAUCGUUGAACCAUUUGGUGGGGGGUCUCGAUGGCCUGGAGAAGUGCGGGCUGUCUCUUCAGCAACUACAUCUGGAUACUAAUUCCCUUUCUGGCCAUCUCCCAGAAUCUUUGUAUAGCAUGUCGUCUCUGGAGCAACUCUCUCUAUCUGGGAACAACUUCUCAGGCUCAUUGAGCACGAACUUAAGUAAUCUUUCUAGCCUCAAAGCCUUGAUUGUCUGUGGAAAUCGGUUUUCAGGCCCUUUUCCUGACGUUUUUGCAAACCUUAAGCAGUUAGAACAGUUAAUUGCACAUUCAAAUUCAUUCUCAGGGCUACUUCCUUCAAGCCUGUCUCUCUGUCCAAACCUUAGAGUGCUGGACCUCCGGAACAAUUCUCUGACUGGCCAAAUCGAUCUAAACUUCACCAAGUUGUCCUGUCUCUCUACAGUUGACCUAGCCUCCAAUCAUUUCUCUGGCCCUCUUCCAGAUUCCUUGUCCAGUUGCCAUGAGCUGAAAAUUUUAAGCCUUGCCAAGAAUAGUUUCAGUGGAGACAUCCCCGUAAGUUACGGAAAGCUCACAUCCCUCUUGUUUGUCUCUUUGUCAAACAACAGUAUUGUUAACUUAUCCGGUGCUUUGUCCGUGCUUCAGCAGUGCAAAAAUCUGAGCACUCUUAUCCUCACAAAGAACUUCCACGGGGAGGAAAUUCCUGGAAAUGUGACCGGUUUCAAAAGUCUGAUGGUUUUAGCUCUUGGAAAUUGUGCUCUCAGGGGUCAAAUCCCUGUGUGGCUAUUGAGUUGCCCAAAGUUACAAGUUCUUGAUUUGUCAUGGAAUCAUUUCGAUGGAAGCAUCCCUUUUUGGAUGGGGAAGAUGGAGAACUUGUUUUAUUUGGAUCUGUCGAACAACUCUCUUUCUGGGGAGAUCCCCAAGAGUUUAACAGAGUUGAAAUGGCUUGUCUCUCCAAACUCUGUCUCGCCAAAUCUCACUGCUUCUGCUGGAAUCCCUCUAUAUGUCAAGAGAAAUAAGAGUGCAAAUGGCUUACCAUACAACCAGGUCUCGAGCUUUCCUCCCUCAAUGUAUCUGAGCAACAACAGACUGAAUGGGACUAUAUGGCCUGAAAUUGGUCAGUUGAAGCAGCUUCAUGUCUUGGAUUUGAGCAGGAAUAACAUAACCGGAAUGAUUCCUUCUUCCAUCUCAGGUAUGGAGAAUUUAGAAGUGCUGGACUUAUCCAAUAACAAUCUUUAUGGAUCGAUCCCAGAUUCGCUUGAGGAGCUCACAUUCCUCUCGAAGUUUAGUGUGGCCAAUAAUCACUUAACAGGUCCAGUUCCUACUGGGGGUCAAUUUGGGAGCUUUACAAGCUCUAGUUUUGAAGGGAACCCUGGGCUUUGUGAUGAACUAGAUUCUCCAUGUGAUGUAACUGAUAAUAUGGGGAUGAGGCCUAAUAGUACGUCUGGGCCCCAUAAUAAAUUCGGCCGUAGAAGCAGCAUUGUUGUUGUAACAACCGGUGCUGCGAUAGGGGUUUCAAUACUGCUGGUUGCCAUUUUGCUGAAGAUCUUGAGGAGGGACGUCAACGAUCAUAUAGAUGACUUGCAUGAGGAACUAGGCAGGCCUCAUAGGUUAUCUGGAACUCUUGAAUCUUCCAAACUGGUGCUCUUCCCAAAUUCAGACUGCAAAGAUCUUACAGUUGCGGACUUGUUAAAGUCAACAAGCAAUUUUAGCCAAGCGAACAUUAUUGGCUGCGGUGGAUUCGGUUUAGUUUACAAAGCUAAUCUCCCGAACGGCAUGAAAGCUGCAAUCAAGAGGCUUUCUGGGGAUUGUGGUCAGGUCGAACGGGAAUUCCAUGCCGAAGUGGAGGCUCUAUCAAGGGCUCAGCACAAGAACCUUGUUUCUCUCCAAGGUUAUUGUCGCCAUGGUAACCAUAGGUUGCUGAUAUAUUCGUACAUGGAGAAUGGAAGUCUAGAUUACUGGCUGCAUGAGUGUAAUGAUGGAGGAUCUGUUCUUGCAUGGGAUGUCAGGCUCAAGAUAGCUCAAGGAGCUGCGCGGGGAUUGGCGUACCUGCACAAGGUUUGCGAACCAAAUAUUGUCCAUCGAGAUGUGAAAUCCAGCAACAUACUAUUGGAUGAGAAGUAUGAGGCUCAUUUAGCUGAUUUUGGCCUCUCGCGGCUGCUUCGUCCCUAUGAUACUCAUGUGACUACAGAUUUGGUCGGAACUUUAGGGUAUAUUCCUCCAGAGUAUAGCCAGACAUUGACAGCCACCUUCAGAGGCGAUGUUUAUAGUUUCGGUGUCGUUCUUCUGGAGCUUCUUACUAGUAGAAGGCCUGUGGAAGUUAUCAAAGGCAAGAAUUGCAGGGAUCUGGUUUCUUGGGUGUUUCAGAUGAAGUCUGAGAAGAGGGAGGAAGAGAUCAUUGACCCGUCGAUAUGGGUCAAGGAUCACGAGAGGCAGGUGUUGGAAGUGCUCAGUGUGGCAUGUAAUUGCACUGACCGGGAUCCCAGGAGGAGACCCUCGAUUGAGCAGGUCGUGUCGUGGCUCGACAGGGUUGGUAUUGAGGGUUCUCCAGGAUCCUGACUCAAUUGCCUCUCUUUGCAAACUGAAGAGGAUUAUCCAUGGACAUUGUACAUGUAAAGCUACAAACUGUUCCUAGUUCCUGCAAUGCUGGGAUAGUGUCGAGAGGCCAUGUCAUCACAGCAAUAACAGGAAAAAUCUUUGGCUAUGCAUACUGAAACAUCAAAUCUUUUGUAUCUUUAGGUUGUUUCGCCUUUUAUAUUCUAUAAAUAAGAAGUUUCCCCCAGUAUUCUUUGCAUCAGCAUAUGUUCCUGCUCAUGAAAAGUUAAAUUCUGUGUAUAAGAGUUACUCAGGUCAAUUGCGCCUAAAAUUUGACA